UAUCAACUCAGUACAGACAAUUCAACCUCUUUGGCGUCUUGUUUGACUUGGGUUCUUUCAAACGAGUCGUGUGUAAUGGAGUGGGAAAACGUGUCUUUACUACUGGAUUGACGCAGAUUCAGAGAAAAAUGUUACUACUCCAUUGACGCAGAUUCAAAGAAAAAUGUGGUUUGUGGGAGGGAGUACAUUUAGGUAAUUGGUGUAUGGAACAUUGAAGGGAAGGGAAGGGAAGGGAAGGAGAUACCAAGGAGAAUGGCGGUGCUGCCCAUAACAAGCCAUGAUGUACAGAGUGACUACGACAAUGCUAAAUUUCGCCGCCGAUCGGUGUUCAAGGUGAUCACCCAAGCAGCACUCACGAGUAAUGUAAGGCGAAAUUGUGGAUCCUGUGGCGUUGGAAAAUUGUUAGCUUUAUUAAUGAUUGCUGGUCUUGCAUUCUUGACAGUAGCUCACACUAAUCCUGGUAUUUCAGCCGCCAGUCAGAUUGUGCAACACAUCAGUGUGAAAGGUCAAGAAAAGUUGAUCAAAGAGGGUAAUGGAAAUGCGGAAGUGUGGAAAAGAUUCUGGAGAAAGCCUCCUAGGCUUCCGCCAAGGUUGCCUCCUCAUGGAAAGGCUGGGAAUGACAGUUUGGCUGCGGAAGUUCAUAAUCAACAACAGAUCUCAGGAUCGGCCGUGAGACAGACCAAGGUAGCUGAAGCAUUCCGUCAUGCUUGGACUGGUUACAAAAACUAUGCUAUGGGUUCCGAUGAGUUGAGGCCAUUGAGUAAGAGAGGAGUUGAUGGAUUAGGGGGUCUUGGUGCUACUAUUGUAGAUUCCUUAGAUACAGCCAUGAUCAUGGGCCUCAAUGAUAUUGUUCGAGAAGCAGGCUACUGGAUAGAGAAAGAUCUGCCUGAAAGGCUGAAUGAAAAAGGUCAGGUAAAUCUGUUUGAAACUACAAUUCGAGUCUUAGGUGGUCUUCUUAGUGCUUACUGUCUCAGUGGUGGAGAAAAUGGAACAACUGGAGACUGGGGUUCUAGAACUAUGCUUGAUGGACCCAAUCCUAAAAUUUACUUAGAAAGAGCUCAGGACCUUGCAGAUCGCUUAAUGUCUGCUUUUACAUCUAGUCCAACGGCAAUUCCAUUCUCGGAUGUUAUUCUUCGGGAGCGAUCUGCGCAUCCAGCACCAGAUGGCUUAAGCAGCACCUCGGAAGUCAGUUCUCUACAACUUGAGUUUUCGUACCUUAGUAAACUUUCUGGCAAUCCAAAAUAUGGUGAUGCAGCGAUGCAUGUACUUGAGCACCUUAAGUCACUUCCUAAGUUUGAAGGACUAGUUCCAAUUUAUAUCAGUCCACAAUCUGGACAUUUUAGUGGACAAAAUAUCAGAUUGGGAUCUCGCGGAGAUAGCUACUAUGAAUAUCUUAUUAAGGUCUGGCUUCAGCAACGAGCAGGUCAUGGAGGAUCAGAUGUCUCAUACUUGAGAGAGAUGUAUGAUGAAGCAAUUAAGGGUGUUAAACAUCAAUUGGUUCAGAAGUCUAUUCCCAAAGGAUUGGUUUUUGUAGGGGAGUUGCCAUCUGGGGAACAUGGAAGUUUCUAUCCCAAAAUGGAUCAUCUAGUAUGUUUCCUACCUGGCACCCUUGCAUUGGGGGCAACUAGAGGCCUGACAAAACAGAGGGCGAUGGAAGAAGGUUUAAUGACUAUUGAGGACCUAGAAAAUUUGAAGCUUGCAGAGGAUAUCAUGAAGACUUGUUAUGAGAUGUAUGCUGUAACAACUACUGGCUUGGCACCUGAAAUUGCACAUUUUCAUACACAGGAAUUUUAUGAAGAUGGAUUACAGGGAGGAAAUAAAAGUUCUGAGUUCCUGGAUGAUAUAAUAAUUAGAUAUGCAGACCGUCAUAACCUUCUGCGACCUGAGACUGUGGAGUCAUUGUUUGUGUUGCACCGCAUAACUCAGGAUCCCAAGUAUCAGGAAUGGGGUUGGCAAAUUUUCCAAGCUUUUGAGUCUCACACUAAAGUUGAUUCUGGAGGAUAUAGUUCUCUGAAUGACGUGACUGUUUUGCCUCCUUCAAGAAGAGAUAAAAUGGAGACUUUCUUCUUGGGCGAGACUCUGAAGUAUCUUUACUUGCUAUUUGGAGACGAUAAUGUUCUCCCUCUAGAUAGGUUUGUCUUCAAUACAGAAGCACAUCCCUUACCGAUCAAUGGAAAGGGAGAUGAAAAUGAUCAUAAAUCUCAAACUCAAGCUUCUUGACAUGCUUCAAACCAUAUUUUCAUUACGACAAAGUUGGUAUGGAGUGUAUAAAUUAAUGUUUUGAGGCCAUUUUACUUCGCCCUCUUGGCAGGAUCAAUGUUAUUAACCAUUAGAGUAUUUUAUUGUUUUGUUAUGCUUUUAAAUCUUUAGAAGGGCAGCUAUUCAGUUUGAAGUUAAGCAGACUGAAUUUCAUGCAAGAAUAUUUUUCCUUGCGAGCUGGCAAUGGUAUAUUCACAAUUGAUAGGUGGUCGUUUUCUUGUUUCUGGUUCUUCUGAGUAUGACACCUCCGACUGCGGAUACAGAGUUUAAUUGGCAUUGGGACAUAUUAUGUCGCCCUCUUGGCAGGAUCGAUGUUGCAAACCAUCAGAAUAUUUUAUUGUUUUGUUAUGCUUGUAAAUCUUUGGAAGGGCAUUUGUUCAGUUUGAAGUCAAGCAGAUUGAAAAUAUCAUGCAAGAAUAUUUUUUCCUUGUAAGCUGGCAGCAAUGGAAUAUUCACAAUUGAUAGGUGGUCAUUUUCUUGUUUCUGCUUAUUUUGAGUAUGACACCUCCAACUGUGGAUUUAGAGUUUAAUUGGUCUUGGACAUAUUUUCCUUUGAAUUGUGUUUCGCUUUAACAGUUUAACUUGAAAGGUUGAAUUGUAACCUUUUUGUAUGAUUUAAUGAAGAUGGAGUUUUGAUGGGGAAAUUUUUUAAC